UAUUUCAAUAAGGAUGUGUCUUGAGUUGGAGCAGUUCCUAGACCGAAAAAGAAAGAAAGAAAAGAUAACAAAUGGAGUUGUAGUAGUUCAGCAUCAGGCACACAAUCAUCUUAAGUUGUAACAGAUCCUAUAAAUUCAACUGAAUGUAACACCAAAAUUCCUAUAAAUUCUCUGUUUUCUCUGUGGAGAGGAAGAGAAACAAAUCACCCUCUUCACCUUUGAAUCUGGCCAUGACAUUAAAACCUCUAAAUUCUUACACCAUAGCCCUCAUGAUGUUCUUCACAUUCUUAAUCCUCUUCUUCACCGGUUUCAUUGAAUUCCCAUCUGUAACUUCCUCAAUCCCCGCACCAAUUCUAGAAAGAUCACCCAUUUCUACUUCCAGAACGUCAUCCACGCCGGAGCCUUUUGUUGACUUGUUUAGUGCUUUUAAAAAAUGGGAUUCUCAAGUGGGGUGUGAUCGGUUUAGAGAAAAGUACAAGUCUUUUAUCAAUAACGGGUCUGCUGUUAGUUCUUCUUUGCAAGAAUUUGGCGGCAGUGAUUGUGGUGAUGAGGUGAAGAUGAGACAUGUUAGUGUUUUGGUUAAAGGGUGGACAUGGAUUCCUGAUAAUUUGGAUAAUUUGUAUUCUUGCCCAUGUGGGCUGACUUGUUUAUGGACUAAAUCUUCUGUUCUUGCUGAUACCCCUGAUGCUCUCUUGUUUGAAACUUCUACACCUCCACUUCGGAGGCGUGAUGGGGAUCCACUUCGUGUCUACAUGGAUCUUGAAGCGGGUAGAAAGCGAUCAGGCCGCGAGGAUUUAUUUAUUAGUUAUCAUGCAGAAGAUGAUGUUCAGGCAACUUAUGCUGGCGCACUCUUUCACAAUGGCCGGAACUAUCACAUGUCUUCUCGCAAAAAUAAUGACACACUUGUUUAUUGGUCCUCAUCACGUUGUCUUACUCAAAGAAACCAGCUAGCCAAGAGUUUCCUACGUUUGAUACCUUACCAUUCAUUCGGCAAGUGCUUGAACAAUGUUGGAGGACCAGAUAUGGCGCUUUCUUUCUACCCUGAGUGCGCCAUUGAUGCCAGCGUCAGGCCUAAAUGGUGGGAUCAUCUGCAUUGUGCCAUGUCUCACUACAAGUUUGUUCUUGCAAUUGAGAAUACCGCAACAGAGAGUUACGUAACUGAAAAGCUAUUUUAUGCUCUAGACUCCGGUGCAGUUCCGAUCUAUUUUGGUGCGCCAAAUGUGGAAGACUUUGUACCUCCAAAUUCAAUUAUAGACGGGACCAAGUUUCGUUCCAUUGAAGAAUUGGCUUCUUAUGUCAAGACUCUAGCGAAUGAUCCUGUAGCUUAUGCGGAAUAUCAUGCAUGGAGAAGAUGUGGCGUAUUGGGUAACUAUGGGAAAACGCGUGCGGCUAGCCUUGAUACGUUGCCUUGCCGAUUGUGUGAGGCUGUUAGUAGAAAAGGAGGGAGAAAUGCAAGAGGUAAGUCAUAAUUUUUAUUGAUGUCUGAUUACCAAGAUUUUGUUAUUUGGAUGGGGUUGGAGCUAGGUGUAUGGAUGCAGGUAGGAAGGACAGUAUUCUUGACUUAAAUAUCAAUUUGCUCCGAACUUGCCUUGGUUAAUUAGUAUAAAAUUUAUUUACUAUUAAAUUA